GAAGCCCACAAUAGUCUUUUGAACCAUUUUCCUUAGAAUUUGCUUUCGAAUGAUUCAGUUGUCUUUCUUAUGUGAACUUUUCCCUCAACGUCAUGUUUAUUUUAAGAAAGAUAGACUUUCAAAAAGCAAAUAUGGACAAGUAGCCAACGUUACCCGAAAGGCAACCACCCUAUUCCGAGUCUGUCCUUCUGUUGGUAUCGAGACUAGUAUGGUUUUUGCUUCUUUCACUGGCCGAAAAGCUGUAGGAGUUGAUUACGGUAUGAGUCGUGUUGGAGUUGCUGUUUCUGUUGGGUUUUCUCCUCGACCGUUGACUUGUAUCAAACACGAAAACAACACUGAUUUGGUUUUAGAGAAGCUGAGUGAAAUAGUAUCUUCCGAGCGUGCAGAAAUAAUUGUGGUUGGCCUUCCUUUAAGUGCAAGAGUGGAGUGUUCAAGUGGUCAAACACAAAAAGCAAUGAACUUUGCUCAACUAGUCGCCAAUCGCUUUUCAAAGCAAGAAGUGUAUUUAUGUGAUGAAAAGUAUACAAGCAUUGUUGCCAACGAAAGAUUAGCUGAACGAGGGAUCAGCUUAGUAAACUCAAAGGAAUUAAUUGACUCUGAAGCAGCUGUAGUUUUGUUGGAAAGGUUCUUCGGAGGUUGGUCCAGUGACAAGUCUGGUUUAUACUUGAAACUCGUAAAACCUCAACAUGAGAAUAUUGAACAAGACGUUGAAACUUUGGAAGAACAAGAAAAUCAAGUCUCUCCAACUUAUACGCCGUAUCGAGAGUGGCGAAGGAACCUUUUGCGACCUCGACAUUGAUCGAGUUAUCAUAGUGUAACU